AAAUUUAUCUCAAUUCGCGUAGACCGUCGUGCAGCCAAGAAGCCGCGGUUGUUAUAGAGUUGGAAAGCUUUAGCUACGUACUAUUUCGAGCAUGCCUGCAAAGACUUUAUACAGUGUGGAAGUUGGGAAGGACGCAGAUGGUGCGCCAAUUAGGCGUCGUAGCGGGUUCGAAAAUGAGCUGGUUAGUUCGACGAAAACAGGAGCCACGACUCUGUAUAAAGUAUUCGAGGACUCGGCCGAGAGGUACGCCGAUAAGAAGUGCUACGGGACGAGGAGGCUGACGGAGAUGUUCGAAGAGGUGAAGCGUGUGGACAACAAGGACCAAGUGUUCACCUACCCAUGCCUGAGUCCGUACGCGUGGUUGACCUACAGCCAGGUGCGCGAAAGAGUCAUAAAUUUGGGGGCCGGUCUGAGGGCUUGGGGGAUGGAGCCGCGCGACGUGUUGGUGAUGUUUGAGAACACGUCGAUCGAGUGGAGUUUGAUGGCGCGGUCUUGCUACACACAGAGCAUUAGUAUAUUGACCGUGUAUGCGAAUUUGGGGGAAAACGCGUUGAUAGAGGCGCUGGUCGAAAGUGAGUGCACGUAUAUGUUGACCAACGCGACGUUGCUGCCGAUGAUGUGCGAAGCGAGGUCCAGCGUGCCCAUUAGGAAGAUAGUGUAUUCGGGCGAGCUGAACGAGAAGCAGAGAAUCGCUUGCGAAGAUGCGGAGAUUUCCGUCAUUUCUUUCGCGGAGUUGGAAGAAUUGGGGAAAAGCAAGCCGGUCCCCGUCGUGCCUCCAGCCCCGGAAGACACAGCGUGCAUUAUGUAUACGAGCGGAACGAGCGGUCGUCCUAAAGGGGUCGUCAUGACGCACCAGAACCUGGUUUCGGCGCUGGCUGGAAUGAGUUAUUGCGUGGAUCUGUCUUCGGAGGACGUUUAUUUGAACUACCUCCCUUUGGCCCACGUGUUGUCCUUCGUCCUUGAAAACCUGAUAAUUUAUUGCGGUGGUGGCAUAGGCUACGGGUCGUUUAGAACGGUCGUGUCCAGCGGCGUAAGAAAGUGCAAAGGAGACCUCGAAGAACUCAGUCCGACGGUGUUCGCGGGUAUUCCGACUAUUUACGAACGCAUCAAAAACAGCAUCAUGAACGUAGUUCAAUCCAGUAAUUGGGUCAAACGGUCCAUCUUUCACCUGGGAUUUCGCGCCAAACAAAAUGCCAUCGAAAAAGGACUCGAAACACCUAUGUGGGAUUGGAUCCUGUUCAACCGGUUCAAGCAGUCCUUAGGCGGACACAUACGCUUCCUUGUUUCCGGGUCAGCGCCGCUGUCCGCCGAGACGCAAAACUUCAUAAGAGUGUGCUUCGGGGUCCCGCUAAUUCAAGGAUACGGACUCACAGAAUCCUGUAGCUCCGGGAUGGUCCAAACGCUCGAAGACAUGUCCACCAAAUCCGUAGGGCCGCCGUUUCCCUCCCUAGAAACCAAACUCGUCAGCGUCCCCGAAAUGGGAUACUUCUCUGACUCGGAGACGCCGAGAGGCGAACUCUACCUCCGAGGCACUCCCGUCGCCAAAGGAUACUACAAAAACUCAGAACAAACCGAAAAAACCUUCGACAAACACGGGUGGCUCUCCACCGGAGACAUCGCCGAACUCCGUCCAGACGGCUCCUACUUCAUCAUAGACCGCCUGAAGCAACUGAUAAAACCUCUGCACGGCGAGUACAUAUCCCUCGACAAACUCGAGUCCGUCUACAAAUACGACCCCCUUGUCGACCACCUCAUGGUCUACGUAGACUCGUCCAAGUACUACUGCAUCGCCAUCGUCGUUCCAAACAAGGACAAACUGCUGCAAUGGGCCAAGCGAUCCGGCCCCAAGAAGACCCGCUCGGACGACUACGAGGCGCUCUGUCAGUCUCCAGACGCCGAAAACUACGUUCUUGAACAGCUCCAAAACACCGGUAAAAAACACAAAUUGCGAAACAUCGAAAUUGUACGCAAAGUCAAACUUCUCUCUGAACCCUGGACCCCGAGCAACAACUACCUGACAGCCGCCAUGAAGCUCAACAGAACCUACAUCGUCAGCACCUUGCACGAGGACAUAGAGAACAUGUAUCAACAACUCAAAGAACACCAUUACGAUGCACACCACUAAUUGUACAACUCGAAAAUAAAUGGUCCCACUCAUUUUUCGUCUAA